AUGGACAAUGAAAGUGACAGAAGAAAGGAGGAGGAGGAGGAGGAGGAGGAAGAGAAGGAGGAGGAGAGCUGCACUCAGACGGAUGACAGAGAGAGCCUGGCUGCCAGCUUCACAGAAGAAGCAGAACAACAACACAUGCAGCCCCUCUGA